AUGCGUCGUGUGGCGAAGAAUCGUUCGGAGUCAUCAAGAUCGCGCCCAGUUUCGUGCCUCUUUUGUCGAUCACGGAAGCUAAGAUGUAGCCGACAGUUUCCUUGCGCCAAUUGCACAAGUCGCGGACUCUCUUGCCAACCGGAGACUUCGUCGGUUAUAUCAACUAGCAGUGCAGACGAGAGCUCUGACCAAAUCACUGGAGAUUUCAAGAAAGAUGUGCUGGCCCGGUUGCACAGAUUGGAGGAGAUGGUGAUGACCCAACGGGAGCCAACACAGUCCCCAUCCGAUCAAAAUGGCUCGCGGCCGGGGCCACCCCCGUCUCGUCGCAAACGAGAUGCUGCGACAUCCUUUACCGAUAAAUCCUCUACGGUUGAUGUAGAAUGGCUGGAAUCGCAGAUAACGCACCCAAGUUCAGCAGUGGGGCUAUGCGUUGUUGAGUACCAGUUCAAAACAUGUUCCAUCAAAGAAACAUCACCUGUGGCCGAGGGAAUAGAUAUGAACUUGAACAAGUGCAUUUGGCUCCCGCUCUACGAGGAGUCAAAGCAAAUAUUCGAUAAAUAUCUGACUGACAUCACCUUCCUCCACCACGUCAUCCAUAUUCCCUCUAUGCGGUCACUUGUGGAUGAACUCUAUCAGAAUCUAAAUGCGAAAAGCCCUGUCAAAUUGGGUCAAACCUCUUUGCUUCUAGCAAUUCUGGCUAGCACUGCCUUCUUUUGGACCGAGCGAGACAUGCAUAGACCGGUGUUUUCCUCAGUCGUGAAAGCCAAUGAGCUAUCAAAGAGAUGGAUGACAGCUUCUUUUGAAGUUCUGGAAUAUUCUCGCUUCACAUGCUCGGAGUCAAUUGAGGAUGUUCAAGCCCUGAUAAUUGUAGGCUUCUUGUUGUGCAAUACCGUUGGCAUUACCUCUCAAGGCCGAUAUCUUUUCUCCACAGCGAUAUCGGUCGCAUGGCAGCUCUCAUUACACCGGAUUGACCACAAAAACCAUGCUGAACUCAAUGUUCCUCGCCCAGACUCCGUGAAAGCAGAGAUAGGAAGAAGGGUGUGGUGGUAUCUCGUUGCAACAGACUGGCAGUUGUCCCAAUUAGGUGGCUCGCAGAAAGGCACUUAUAUGAUCAAUCCCCGCCAUAUGGCGACCAAGAAACCUGGCAACGCAAACGACGAAGAUCUCUUUGAUGGGAUGAGCAGCAUUGGCAAGCCUCUUGAUCAGCCCACAAUAAUGUCGUAUUUUAUCCAACGGAUUCGCCUGGGCGAAAUUUGUCGAGAAAUCACCGACAAGUUUCCCUUGUUGGAGACCGACUUCGGAAAUCCAGAUUUCGAACAGAUCAAGGAGAUUGAUAGAAGGAUGUGUGAAUUUAGUCAAUCAUUGCCGCCAUUUCUCCAUUUGAAUUAUGAUAUGAGUGGAAUCGCAGACUCUGAUCCCAGCAGAUCACAUGGUAUAACCAUUUAUCGAUACGUCAUCAACUCAAUGCUUCACACACAACGUUGCAGGCUACAUUUGCCCUACCUGUCUCGCGGGCAAGAUUUAUACUCCUAUUCAAGAGAUGCAUGCCUUGAAGCAGCACGAAUGGUCAUCCGCACGGAAGCACAGUUAUCUUCUGAAGAUAUCUCCUUUGCCAUGACAAGACUCAGGUUUUCAGGAAGUCUGCUUUGCGUAUGCAUGGCCAUUAUUGCACUUUUGAUGGACCUCUGUCGCAAUAAGAGUCUCCAGCCAGAUGAAGACCAAGAGAGACGAGCUGAAAUUCAAAAUGCGCUACGAAUUCUUGAAGAAGGCAAAAGCCAAUCUUCAUUCGCGGACAAACUUCUCGACACCUUCAACUCUAUUCUUCAACGCAGCAAGGUUCCGUUGCCUUCCGAGAGAAGAACAACCCGGUCGAAAAACGCCAAUAGACUGAAGUCUCCCGUGCCGGUGGAUUCUGCUUUAAUCACGGGGAGAUCUGAUUUACUUGAUACGGAAGCCAUGGUCACCGAACCCGUGCCUACUUUGUCUGAUGACAUUUGGCAGGCGUUUGAUGCCACUGCAGAUCCCACUACACUUUUCGAUUGGAAUUCGCUGUUAUCCGAGCUUGAUGCCCCAUUUCUAUCAGUGUAA